AUGGAGAGCAAGAACGUUAGAACCCUUCUCACAUUGUCCUUCUUCUCUUUCGUUUUCCUCGGCCCCGCCGUGGCAAUCUGCGUCCCUCGCAACGCCACUUCUGUCGGACCGUCGCCGUCUCCCGGCUCUCCUCCGAACUCCAACGCCUCCCCACCCCACAGACCUUCUCCAUCGCCAGAGGCGAUGCCUCCUCCACCUUCCAUGGCCGCUCCUCCACAAAGGUCACAGGUUGAGCCGUCUGUGUCGCCGUCUCCCGACUCUCCUGCGGACUCCAUCGCCUCCCCGUCUCACAAGCUGUCUCCAUCGCCGGAAUCAGUUCCUCCUCCACCCUCCACAGCGGCUUUUUCACAAAGCUUACUGGCCGUAGACGCCAAUCCUCCGCCAACCAAUUUAGAGGCCAGUGCCAUGCUUAGGGGCAGCCUCGUGCAGGCCGGAGCGGCCAACCUCGCGGUUAAAAAGGUGUGUGACGCGACCGAUUACCCCGCCCUCUGCAUCUCCACCCUCGCCCCAUUUCUGGCCGGGAGGGCGCUGCUGGCGGAGCCCAUCGUGCUGCUCCACGCGGCCAUCAAGGCGGCGACCGCAGAGACCAAGCUCGUGAUGGCGGUGCUAGGGAGACUCAUCGAGACAUCGCACGCGGACACUCGGACAGUGAUGAGCCUCAAGGACUGCCACGACAACUACAGCGACGCGCUGGACAACUUCCAGGCCGCGACGGACGCAAUCGCAAACCGGGACAUAGGGACCAUAAACAGCAUGCUGAGCGCGGCGGUGACGGACUACGGGACUUGCGACGACGAGUUCAAGGAUGGGAGCUCGCCGAUGGCCGGCCACGAUAGCAAGCUCAGCCAUAUGGCUGAUAAUUGCCUGGCCAUCGCUUCCUUGAUCAAAUGA